GUCCACUCUACCUUUACUUUGUUGUUCGCUGUCGUUAGUGUCGUUGCUCUCCUUCCUCAGUUGCAUGCUCAGUUGCAUGUGUGAUUUCUGCGUACUACAGUUGUGUUUUGCUUAUGAGUUACGAUUAUAUGUUGCGAAGUGUUGAUCAUAUUUUAAUCGUUUCAAAAUAAUAAGUAAUUCUUCAAUGUUAUGCUUGGGUGAAUCGGAAGUAUUUUUCAGUUGAUUGUUUAGCUGCAGAUUCAUACAUCAUGUCGAACGAUGGGAAUUUUCGUCAAGGAUUCAACGCUAUAGAACGUGAUUUUUUCGCUCCUGAAGAAUUACCGAACUCGACGUUAAAUGAUUCCUCAGUUCAGCAAAUAAAGAAUCCGGAUGGAACUUCUUGUAACGCAGUGGAAACUGCUCAUAUCGAUUUGGAAAAUGAAAAUACGUACGUCCAUGUACAACGCAUUCCAAGUUUGGAAGACAUGGCUACACUUGCGGCGACUUUAGAAACGUUGCGUUAUUACUAUUCUGGAAGCUUCUACGAUUAUCAUGGAGAUCCGAACAAAUUAAUCGAUAACUUGUUGAUCCCAAACCAGUUCAGAGUAAAAAUGACAGCACUUUAUGCUGAGAUGGAAAAAUCUCUUAAAUUUAUUGCAAGCGGGCGUUCUGAUAUUCAGAAAUUGCGCAAUGUAUACGAUAACGAUUCGUAUUUUUAUAUCUACGGACUGGUUUGGGACUCGAAAGGUCACAUUGACGACAAAAAAACGAUAGAGAAAGCUUUAUCGUGUUCAAGGCAUCAUACGAAUGAUGGCGACUCCUUAUUCGAAAUAAUAACUAAAUACUGUUUAGUGAAUUAUAUAAUGGAUUUUCCUCUAGAUUCUUUGAGUAAAGCGUUCAUUUCUAGAUCUGUGGAGGGAGACAAACUAACAAGGUACUGGAUAAAAUAUAAAAGAAUGAGUACUCAUGAUAUAACCGCUGGAAGCUACAAAUCUGCUUUGAAUGGCCUACUUUAUUCGUUGAAAUUGUACUGCAACAGUAACGAAUAUCAAUGGUCUGCGUACGAAUACUUCUGGGAUUUUUUCAAUGAAAACGAACAAACGGAAAUGGCUGUGACUUUAAUUCGAAACAAUUAUUACAAAAGAUACCAGAAGAUUUUAUUCUCAAAGUUGAAUAAAAAUCAGCUCAAGCGGUUGUAUUCUGAAGCACCUCUUAAAAUUAUCGUCAACUUUGCGUUUUCGAGAGAAUUCGAGCUAGCGAAGGCGGUUUGGGAUCGCAUCAAGUUGUCAAUUGAAUUUGAGGAAUACGAACUUCUACUCGAACAAAUCUGGAAGAAUGGAAUACCAGAUGAAGAAAGGUGUAUGGAAUUUUUUAUUUAUUCGUGGAACACCGCUCCUUCGAAUUUAAUCGAGUACAUGACAAACGUGAAAAAUUGUCAAAUUACGAAUAAGUUGAUAGAUGGAAGUCCAAUGCUGGAAGGUUCCAGUAGGUUUGAAUUUCUGAAAGCUGUUUUAUCUCGAACAACGUCCGAAUUCAAACGCAGAUAUUUGCAACACGCUGGACCAUGUUUAUCAUUGAAUCAUCCGGAUGUGUUUAGUUCACUGAUUGAUCAUUGUUUGAACGAAACUGAUCGUGUAGCUGUCAAGGAAAAUAUACUCAUUAUAGCAAUGGUGACGUGUCAACCAGCAGGAAUUAUGCACCGUUUUCGAGAUUUAUUAUAUUCGAAUCGCGAAGAGUUUAACAAAUUCCUCGAGUUAUUCACUUUGAAACCAACUUUACAAACACGUUUCAAGGAGUGUUUGUUACAAUCUGAAUUACUAGUCACCGAAGUACUGUGGGAAGCUGAAAAUCGCCAAACAUUGUGUCAAUUUAUUGACGAGUUGUAUCCGAACCGAGAGGUAGCUAGAUUAGAAAAGAGGAAAGUUGUUUUAACUUUUUCUCGUACUCACUGCAAUUAUAACGAUUGUUACCGACCAAAUGGCGAUGAAAAGUUUACCGAGAUCGAUAAUCUCUUAACUCAAAUUCUCACCCCUCGAGAAGUAAUCACUGUCAAAGAAAAUAUUGGCGAUAGGUUUCUAGAAGCAUGUCGAUCUAAAGGGCUCAGUUCUUUGAAAAUAAUGAAUCUGCAGAGAUUUGCUACGUGGUGUUAUUGCGGAGAUGAAGACAACAUAAACCGAUUUAGACUUUCGCUUCCGAUUGAUAAAGUAUUUCGUUGUCUUUUGAGCCAGGUAGUCGAACGGUUCGUUAAUGGCAGGGAUUUAAGGUUAUCGUUUUCUUCAUUAGACGAUCUCAUACGUUGGAAAUUUUCAUCGAAAAGAAGCGAAAUGAAAAAAUUCAAGUCGCGUGAAAUAAACAGAAUCAUGAAAGAAAAAGUAGAAGAAAGUUCUAAAGGCAAAACGUACGAGUACAAAUAUAAGUCUGUCGUGAAGAAAGUCAUUGAAUGGGUUUUCGAUGGCGAUAGGCGUCAGAUUCGAGAAUUCGAGCAACGUUACUCAGAACGUGAUAGGAUGAAGAUUAUUCACUGGAUGUAUUUGUCAGCAAAGACCACCGACUGCAGACGGUACCAUUAUCAUACCAGUGAUGAUUUUUCAGUUAGUGGAAUGCGCCCGCGCCAUCCUCCUAGACUAAAAAUGCUGAAUUUUGAUUAUGAAUAUGAAAACUACAUCAUUGCAUGGGCUAAGAGUUUGGCCAAUCUGACUGAUUCUUAUUAAUUUAUUUAAUUUGUAUUACUGAAACCAUACCUACCGCGUUUACCCACCUUUAAAAUAGAAUGUGAUAUUUUGAUAGGUACGUGUGGAUUGAAAUACCUAUUCACAUCUCGUCCUGUUCUUUAUCGUUGAACGACACAUUAGGUAUACUUGAUACAUCUUACUAAUAUGUACCUACUUUUUUUUUAAUCCAAUAUAAAUUUAAACCAUUAGUGUAAUUAUUGCUUCAUUUUAAGCUAAGUUCGUGAGUUUUUAUUUAUUACACAAGAUAUUUCUCUGUGAGGUAAAUGGGCAGAGAUCUCCAAAUUACAGGAAAAACACUUACACUUAUUCGAAAAUUUUCAAGUUUUAAUAAUUAUGAAAAAGUGCGUUUUAAAAUUCACCUUCUGAAUUUUCAAUCGGCGAAUAGUGUGAACUAGUUUUACUAAAAAUAUUGUGAUGAUCGCC